GAGAACUAAGAACGUGAGGAGUGAGAAGCUCAGUGUCAGUACACACGUGGCAGUGAGCGAGCGAGGAGCGUACCCUGUCUCGCGGGCAUGAUGGACUGACAUAAGCUGUGAAAGACCGUAACUAACACACACCGCGUAAAAAAAUAUCCUGCGCUUAUUAUUAUUACGGAUAUUUAUUUUUGAUAUAGAAGUGAUAUUGGUACUGUAAUAGCCGUGUCUCCAAUGUGAACCUGGAUUUUUAUUUUAAGUUUAUAUGGGUGUGCUGCAGGUAUGGAGCGCGGGCGGUCAACAGGUGUGGGCGGCGGGGGAGGGGCGCGUGGGCUGGUAGCGGGUGUACGGAAGGUCUUCAGGUCCAAGUCUUGCUCUGAAAAGCAUUCCCGUUCCCGCACCGUCAGGGAGGAUGAGGCGCCCGACCAAGCCCCAGGCAGCCGCGCCACCCACCCACCCACACGUAACAGUAGCAGCAGCAGCAGUAACAACACCACCACCAAACAUCGCAGGUGUCCCAGGUCGCCCUUCCUAGGCUGGAGGAGGUCUAAGUCUCAUAAAGACAUCUCAGAGAGUCAAAAGAAGGCGAAGGGGAGAGACGCCCUGGAGAACGAGAGAGCAGGGUGGUGUUCACAGUCCCAGGCGGAGAGACUCAGUUUACACAGUUCGGAGACCUAUGGUCACAUCACCCUGGCAGCCCAGCAGGACGUGGGGACGGGGCGGUGUGGGGACAGUGAGCGUUCGCGAGCACAGUCGGAUAAUAAGAAUGGGACAACUACGAACGAGGAUGAAUCUGGUAGUGACUGUGGUGAAUACACAGAACCGCGGCUGUGUAACGGAACAACGGUGUGUAGUGACGGUAACGGUGCUGUAGGCGAUGGCGGUGAGCCUUGUGCCAAAACUAGUGAUGGUGUGAAGGACCAUGCAAAUAACAGUGUCAUAAAUAGCUUCGUUUGUAAUUCCGACAACGUGGUGGUAGGCAGUGAGAGCAGCUGUGUGUCGUUGCCAGAGAGUGGGUCAGGGGGACAACCUCGGGGCGUGGUGAGGGACAGAGGGGACGGCAGUGACUCCCUGGAGGUCUGUGGUGAGGAAGAAACACUGGAAAAAGAAACUUGCGUCAGGUACUUAAAAGACAUUUACAGGAACAGUAAAGAAACUUCCGACUGUCCAACGAGCUUCAGCGGAGGACCAGCGAUGCUGGGUCGAGGACUGUGGCUGAAGGCUGCCCUGAGUUAUAACUUACAGAUGCCUGACUCUCCAAGAAACGAAGUUGUGGUGUUGGCUCUGGGCAUUGAUCAGUAUAUUGAGGAGGUGUUCCGGCACCUGGAUCCUUCAGGGACGAGCAGAGUGAAUGCUGAGGACCUUGAGGCUCUGUGUCAGGUCCUGAGACUGACGGAGGCCAUGAAGGAGGAAGAGGAGGAGGAAGUAGAGAGAUGUCGAUGUUUAGGAUCAAACCUGACACUUCAUGGAUCUCUGGACGGCUCGCUGGCAGAUAUAAACCAGUACAGUAAGUGCCCUUUACACCUUACAUUUAGUGACUUCAACGACAAAUUAUGUGCGAGGUUCAUCCGGGCCGCCAAGGCUGAGAGCGUCCUCCCACUGGGCCUCCGGCGGCCUAAUAAUCAACGCCUGGUGACGUCAGUGGUCAACGUCCAGCGUCGCUACGAUGUGUUGGAAAACAUCUCACGGAGCCUGGCGGAGGUCAACGCCAAGCUCAACGAUAAGGAAGGGACACGGCUGUUGGACGACUGUACAACGACGGGAGUCGUCUGCUGCAAGUGUCAACAGGUGACACACGUCGACCGUAACUCCAACAUCUCACCUCAGCCCCUGGACGUUGAGGUAUCUUAUCUCCAACGGCAGGUUCUCCUGCAGGAACAGGAGCUGCAAUGCUUGCGGGAGGUUAUUGAGGACAUGCGUAUCGCCCUCCAGAGCUCUGACGCCGAGAACUUGGCGCUACACGUAAGGAUCGAGAGAGGAGACGUAACACCUAACCCGAGAGCCUCUCAACAUGACCUGUCGCUCACUGAUGAAGAGGACACCAUCGACAACCUGGUGCGACAGCUGACAGAACUAGACCGUCCUGCCGCCCUGAGCACCUCCACAGACCCGGACGCUACUCCUACACCGUCCCGCCCACCCUCACCCUCACCCGCACCCCCACCCUCCCAGCGGCCCUCCUCCACGACACACCAUCCCGAGAAUCCAAAUUCUACAGAAGAUCCACUCAACACGGCGUUCAUAUCAGGGGACUGCUCCAUGGAGGCCGAGCUACAAGCUACCUACGAGGCCCUACAGGAGGCACGGGAGCAGCAGGAGGCGAUGCAGGCAGACCUCCAGCAAACAGUAAGUCAGCUACAGGAGAGGGAGGCUGACUUACGAGGGGCGGAGCUCAAUCUCCGGGCUGCUCACUCCGCCCUAGAGAAAGCCCACUACGAUAACCACGCCCUCGUCAUGGAGAUCGCGGAGACCCGUCGCACCCUGGAGAAGAGCCAGGAGAAGGUGCAGGAGGCGUGGGAAGACCUGCGGCAGGCUAGGGACACCGCCCUGCUGAAGGAGACGCAGCUACAGGAAGCAGAAGCCAAAAUACAGCGCCUCAGACACUCCAGGUAAGAUACUAUUCUGUUUAUUGUCUCUCCACACCUGAAAACCUACAGGUAAAUCGCUGUCUUCUCACACCUGGGAAUCCACAGCUACACUGUUACUUGCUAUGUGUUUAUCUUCCACACCUGAGCCACUGUAGGUAAGUUGGUGUUAAUUUAACGAGUAUAUCCCUACUGGACACAUCUCUUACGGUCUGUAUAUACAAACCUGCUCACCUGCCCCUCCCCCACGCCCCCCCUCAAGAUCACCGCACCUGCUGCUGGACCUCAGGUGUGAGCUGCUGCUAAUUGCAACCCGUUAUCAGGUAUGAGAACAGGACUCGAUAAUCCUAACUUAGCAGAACAUGACAUAAUGUAUACCUAACUUAACAUUAACCAUCCCAAGUUAAACCUAAUCUAACUAAACCUAACCCUAACCUAAUCUAUCCAAAGCUAACCUAAGCUAAUACGAGCUUCUACCCUAAAUGUGAACCAAAAUUAACCUAAUUCAUUUAGUGUGUGUG